AUGUCGAGCUCAGCAGCAGUCGCGUCCGCGCACGAUCCGGCGCUCGACCUGCUCCCCUCCGAACUGCAGGACACCAUCAUGGAACAAAAGUUUGCACAGAUCCGCGAGCAGCGUCGCGAGGCGCACCACGUGCUCCGAGAAGCCAAGCAGCGCACGCGCAACCAGCAGACCGACCAGCAGAUCCUCAUGCUCAUGCAGACCGACGAGCGUCUCGCAUCGCUCCUCUCCCAGGCCGCAGACUCGAUGCGUGCCCUCCUCCCCGUCAAGCCGCCAUCGCCGGACACCGUCCGCCUCGCUCCAUCUGACGCGACGUCCGCAUCAGCUUCUUCGUCGUCCGCCUCCGAGCCGACCCACGGCGCCAAGGCGUUCGAGGUCAAGGCGCAGCAGUGGUUCUCCAUCCUCAACGAGGUGCAGUACUCGCUGCGCAGCGCCGUGCGCUACCUGCGCGACUCGAACCUCGCGCCGCUCACCCCACCCGCCGGCGCCGAAGCGCGCCUCUCGGGCAACGCCGGCUCGGCCGCACGCGCGCACAACCUCUCGCUCCUCGACGCCUUUGUCGACCUCGCUGGCAUCGACGGUCCCACCUUUAAGCUGCCACCCGUAGCGCCCGCAUCCACCUCGUCCGGUAGCGCAUCGCCGCUGUCCGAGCCGGUGUUGAGCGUACAUGCGCUGCGCAAGCGAGACCGCAACUGGAAAGCACUCUCUAGCUCGCUACAGCACAUGCACAACCAGUCGAACCUCGCCACCGCCCCGUCGCCAGCGCACACUGCACCGCGCGCGUCGCCGUCGAUCGAACUGUCGCUGCUCGAGAGCAUACGCAACGGCUGCAGCUCCGACCGCAUCCUCAUCGACGCGCUCGUCAACACCAACAGCAUGGCGUAG